GAACUAGUCACAAAAUCGAACCUGUGCGAUGCAGGUCCCUUUUGUGGAAUUUGUAUGUGGGAAUUUGGAUCCUAGUCCAUGGCACGAUGGAGUUGUUGGUGCUUGCUGGUUUGAAGUAUACGUUUAUAUCCCUUUGACUUUAUUGUGUACAAUCACCUCAUUCAUUUAUUGCGUUGUCCUGUGUCGGCACUUAGCAUUUGACAGUUUUUAUUGUUCAGUCUUCUAUUUUCGAGUGGCCAUAGAUAUAACAAUCGUUACCAGCAGUGGUGUAAUUAUCGUUCUCGGGUUUCUUCUUCCAUACUACGAGGAGGGGUUUUCUAUUAACUCUCGUUUUUUUGCAAUUCACAGUUUCAUAACAGUAAUACUCUGGAUUACAACACUAAUCCUUGAUUAUCUCCAUGGUAAAGCCCUCAAAUAUACUUCAAGGGGUUCUCGGAUUCAUCUUUCGUUUUCAAUAAUAUACUUCUUUUGCUUAGCUAUAAACUGCUGGUCUUUUCGUAGAGAAGUGGAUGCGCUAUGGAGACCAUAUGUUAUUGUUAAUUGCUAUAUUCAAUUACUCCUGUUAUGUCUGCAUUUACUUUCCAAGGUCCCAGUGUUCUACCCCUCGGAAGAGCCUAGGCGCAGAAGGGCUAGGAUCUUAAGACAAAAUUCCAAUAGCAUCCAGUUGUCUACAAGUUAUCAGUCAAAUGAAAUUACACAGAGACCCACUUCGCAAAAUGUUAAUGACCAUGAAGAUUCGGCUUCAUGGUUUUCAAAGUUAUGUUUUUGUUGGGUUAAUAAUCUAGUGCGUAGUGGUUAUUACGGAGAAUUGUAUUCACUCACAAAUCUACCUUUGGUCCCUAAACGUCUGAAUACAUACACUUUGGAGUCAAAAGUCCCUAAAUUAAAGUUGAAAUCUGUAACUAUUGAUGAAACGAUUAGACAAAAUCACGAUAUUUCUAACAAAGGGUGUUCUAUCAAAGCUUGUGUUCUAUUUUUAAAAGCAAGUUAUGAAGCAUUCGGUCGUGAAUUCCUGUAUCUCGGUUUGCUCAAACUUUUACUUAGUGGCUUCGGUUUAUGUGGUCCAGUAGUUUUAAAUCAUUUCAUUCUAAACGUGACAAACUCCGAAACUCCCUCAUGGUCUUGCAUUCUUGUUGGGUUCGGACUAGUUUUUUUGUCAUUGAAGAUAGCAGUUUUGAGCACAUCUUACAAUUACAAAAUGGCAAGUUUCGGCUUCAAAGUUAGAGUCAGUGUAACUGGGAUGGUUUACAGGAAAAUUUUAUCCCUUAAAACUUCGUCACUUAAUUGUAUUGGAACAGGAUGUUUGGUUAAUUAUCUGACCUCUGAUGCUGAUAGAAUAGUCAAUUUCGCACCUAGUAUUCACGAAGUGUGGGCAAUGCCUCUGCAGUUAUCUGUUGCAGUCGGACUACUUUACCACCAACUCGGGCUUGCCUGUUUAGUAGGCAUUGGGUUUCUACUUGUGUUACUUCCUCUGAAUCGUAUUUUAGCAACAAAAAUCGGGAAGUUUAGUCGCCGUUUGAUGAUGUUUAAGGAUACACGGAUUAAGUUGAUGUCUGAAAUUCUAUCAAAUACGCUUUCAGUGAAACUAGCAUGUUGGGAGAAUUUAAUGAAAAAUCGUGUCAUGCAUUCUCGCAUUCAGGAGUUGAACGCUCUACGUGGUCAAAAGUUGCUGGACGCUUGUUGUGUAUUCUUUUGGGCUGUCUGUCCUGCACUGUUAGCCAGUUCAACAUUCGCAACUUAUGUGGCUAUCGGUAACGAAUUAAAAGCUUCUGUGGUAUUUUCUAGUCUUGCAUUAUUUGGAAUGUUGAUUGGUCCGAUGAAUGCUUUUCCUUGGGUUAUUAAUGGUGUUAUGGAAGCAACUAUUUCCAUGCAACGUAUUACAAAACUCUUCUAUUUAUCAUCUGGUUCAUUUUCAUUAGAAUUAACUGAUACGCCGCUCUCUGAUGUUGGAAUUCCAACAGAUAUUCCGAUUGUUUGUUCUUUUGCCGAAAAAUCUACCAUCAGCAUGCCAGUAAACAUUAUGAAUGAAUCAUUCUAUUAUACUAACUGUGAUAAUUUAGUUUUAAAAAAUAUCACUCUCCAGGUGCAGUGGGGACAAUUAAUCGGUGUAAUUGGACCAGUUGGUUCCGGGAAAUCAUCUUUACUUCUAAGCAUAUUGGGUGAAUUACAAUCGGUUGUUUCAGGAGACGAACUUAGAAAUGAAAGUAUGAAAACGAAUCCACGACUUCGAUAUGCUUAUGUGGGACAAACUCCUUGGCUUCAUUCUGGAACUAUACGCGAAAAUAUUUUAUUUGGCUCAGAUUGUGAUUUAGCAUGGAUGAAUACUGUAAUUGAAGCGUGUGCCUUAAAAGUUGAUCUGGGUAAACUUCCGAAUGGUUUAGACACAGAUGUUGGUGAAGCUGGCGGAAACAGUCUUAGUGGAGGUCAACGGGCUCGUGUUGCUCUUGCUCGAGCUGUUUAUCAAAAGGCCGAUGUUUAUCUUUUAGAUGACCCAUUAUCUGCACUUGAUGUUGAUGUUGGUCAACAGAUUAUCACCAAUUGUUUACUUGGUCUUUUAUCAGGAAGAACUAGAAUUAUCGUCACACACCAGUUGGAUUGGUUAAUGAACACUAAAAUUGUAAAUGAACGUGCUCAAGUGGAUUUUAUUGUUGAAUUAAAAGAUGGAAUAAUUACUCGAAAAAUUCCAGGUAAUCUUUACCCUGACAAUGAUGAUAACGAUCAUAUGCAUCAACCCGUUCUUGACAUCAACAGCAGUCCUCCUUAUAAUGAAUCCACAUUAUCCAGUGAUAAUCAUCAUGACAGUAGUGAAAACAAUAAUAAUUCGACGUUGGAAAAUGAUGAUGUUCCGUUAAUUACUAUUAAAGAAUACAGCAGUGUCAAUCAAUCCGAAUUCAGUCCGAAUUGUGUAAUCAAUAAUAAUAACAAUAACAAUGUGAAUAUAAAUAUGGAACAUAUGGCAGUCGGUUCCAUUAGUCCCCAUGUCUACAAAUCGUAUAUUCAUUCUGUUGGCUACUUUUUAACAUUCUCCAUUAUUUUGUCUUUAUUGUUAAUGCAAGGUACUCGAAAUGCAUCUGAUUGGUGGUUAUCAUACUGGGUACAAAAUGGGAAUUUAUCUGCAGUAGUUUCAUCAUUUCAAGACUCAUCUUACCAAACAGAAUUAUUCCCAGAUAAUCAUACGAAAAAUAAAUAUCUUCACUCAACUCAUAAUUUAUCAUCAAUUAAUUACAAUUCAUCCAUUAAUGAAUUGCUUCAAACGAGCAUACAUUCUGCUGUACGGUUUGGUGAGCCUAAUUCUAUCACUGGAUAUUAUUACUUAGAGAUCUAUGCAUUUGUAGUGAUAAGUAAUCUGAUUGCUACAAUAUUUCGUGCUGUUUUAUUUGCUUUCGGUGGUCUAGUCGCUGCAUCUGUUGUUCAUGAAUCUGCUUUGGACACAAUUUUGGAGGUCAAUUUACUAUUAUUGUAGUAAUUAUAAUCAUGUAAAUUGUAUUGUGGUGUCUGCUACUUAUACUGACGGAUAUAAGUAGUAUGUAUCAGGAAGCGAGAGUAGGAUUCUUACUGACAGAAGAGGAAAAUGAGGAGAAGAGAAAGAAAAACAAAAGCAGUCAGAGUAGCAACAGGAAUGGAACAACGAUAGAGUUUGUAAGAGACACUUCAAAGAAGCUGUGCAAAUAAUGUAUUCAAUGUAUUGCUUUCAUAUUUUACAAAUUCGGUAUGUGAUUUUGCUUAGUAUAACAAAUUGGUUUACUUUCCCGGACUCUUUGUUCAUUAUACUAUUACUAAACGUUUUACAACGCAUAGUACAUAAAUAUAGCGAGUUAUAAAUAGGGUUGCACAUCUGGCACCGAAGUUAUGUAAACCUUUUGAUUAAAUAUACGAAAAAAAUGCGAAUAUCAUAUUUGCGAUUUAUUUCCUUACAUUCUUAUGUAAGGUUGGUAUAAUACAUGCUGAAAAUCCCACCAUACAAUUACACUGUACAUUUAAAAUUUUUGAUCGUCUUAGUCCAGUGGUGACUUAAUCGACAUUCGGAACGUAUACCCAUGAAAACAGUAGUCAGUCAGUCACUCAGUCGUAAACAACGUGGAAUUUAGUACAAAUGUCCAAUGAUCUAAUUUGCUAAACUUCGUAGGAGACGUCUAUCUUCAUCGAUAAGAAUCAUCGUAGAAUACCACCCAAUACUCCGUUAUAUGUUUUCGAGAUCAAAUCACUAUAAUUAACCAGGCACAUUCCGAAGAAGGCAAAGGAAAAAACCACGUCUUUAUUGCCAAGAAAGUGUAUAGAUAGAAAGCAUGGACGGAAAAGUCUGAUAUAAAUGGAUCUUAAAAACAGAUUCUAUAGAUCUACUCUGGUUAUUCCAUACGUAGGUUAGGUAAGAUCUCAUUGGUUGGUCCGCUUUCAAUUAAUCAUUGACAGCGAUUAUAUUAAGAAUGUGCUGAGAAUUUAAAUGUAAACCGUGUAUAAACUCCAAUUUUCUUACCACUGUCUCUUAUUGUUCGCAACUUCAGAAUAUAUAUUCGUCCGCUUCUAAUCCUUGUUUAAAUUUGGGACAUGUGGGGUGAAGUAUUAUUUCCAAGGGUUUACUUAUCAGUAGAAGACGUACCACUAAGGUUGGGAUUUCGAUAUCAAAAUUUGAGACAAGUAACCUUAACGAUCUACUCCGGUUUGAAUAAUUUAGUAGUUGAUAUACGCAAAUCAGUACUAUUCAGCGUCUAAUUCAUUCUUAUACUAGAACACGUAGUCAAGCUCAAAUUAUUGCUUUUAUACUUUAACUCUGAUAUUUCGUAAUCGCAAAUAAAAUAUAACUGACACUGUAAGUUUGUAGAAUUAUCCAAGGCAUAUACAUUCUAUUUCACACCCGAUAACCUUUCGUUACGUCAUACACAUACGCAAAUGGUCAUAAUUAUUGGCCUAGCAAUUUUUCCAAACAUGCAUACCAAAGUUCUUUCAUAAAAGCUAAAACGCUUAUGAGACGCUUGUAGCCUCUCUCUCUCUCUCUAAAUAUAUAUAUUUCUCUCAUUGUAGGGACGACAGAAUUACUUUAAUACUACACCGCAAGGUCGUAUUCUCAAUCGUUUCUCAUCUGACGUUGGUACAGUAGAUGACGCAUUACCAUUCCAAUUAAACAUUCUACUAGCCAGUUUAGCUGGAUUAUUGGGUGCAUUAGUUAUUGUUUGUGUAUCACUACCAAUGUUAAUCUUCUUUCUGCUACCUCUUGUAUUCAUUUUCUGGUCUAUUCAAAGGCAAUAUCGUGGAGCUGCUAGAGAUCUAAAGCGAAUUUCUAGUAUUGUUCGUUCACCUGUUUAUGGUCAUUAUACCGAUACUUUAUCUGGAUUAGCAGUAAUACAUGGUUUAGGUCAAGAAAUCCGUUUUCGACAAUUAACAGCUUGUAAAUUAUCUGAUCAAAUACGUGCUGAGUUAGCUAGCUUGGCUGCUAGUUGUUGGUUAAGUAUAAGACUACAAUUAAUUGGCAGUGCUGUGAUUACUGGUGUGGUCAGUGUAUCAUUAAUUGGUCGAUUGUUUGACUGGACACAUAUAGCUUCUAUUGGUUUGUCGGUUGUGUAUGCACUUAAUAUUUCCGGUUUAAUGACUAGUGUUGUGUAUGAUAUGACUGAAACAGAGAAAAAUCUUGUAGCUGUAGAACGUUGUCAAGAAUUAAUUGAUGAUACUCCAAUUGAACAUGAUAUUGUAUCAAUUAAACCCAUGGGGCCUCAACCUCGUUCUUCGUCACACAGUCACCUUCGUUUGCCGAAAGAGAGGAAAAGUGGUAUUGCUUAUCCUACAGGACUACUGCCUAACUGGCCAGCAUCUGGAUCCAUUUUUUUCAACAAUGUUUCGCUUACCUAUCGUCAAAACUCCGAGUCAGCUAAUGAACAAUCUGUCAAAGCUCUUGAUGAUGUCAGUUUUACUGUUAAACCCGGUGAAUGUGUAGGAAUUGUUGGCCGUACAGGAUCUGGUAAAAGUAGUCUCAUCAAAGUGUUAUUACGUCUGGUUGACCACCUCCCUGGACCGUAUACAAACCAAUAUAUAGCCAAUCAGACGGGAUUCAUAGGUGCCACCGGUCAAGUGUUUGUCGAUGGAAUAGAUGUUCGCACUAUUCCUCUCACCUUACUUCGUUCUCGGAUUCUAACUAUUUGUCAGGAACCAUUUCUCUUUUCUGGGUGCUUACGAGACAAUCUAGAUCCUGAGAAUAAGCUAAAUGAUUCUGUAUUGGAAGACGUUUUAUUGAAAUGUCAACUGGCUACAAGUCGCUUACAAGCCUCUCAGUGGUUACUUCGUGAAGUUGGUGAAUCAGGACGAGAUAUAUCUGCCGGGCAAAGGCAAUUGAUUUGUUUAGCUCGAGCUUUACUUCGUCAACCUAGGCCAAAAAUUAUUUGUUUAGAUGAAGCCACUGCUUCAGUGGACAACAAAUGUGAAGAAACUAUUCAUCAAGUCCUUGACCAAGAAUUUCAAGGAGCCACAAUAUUACUCAUAGCCCAUCGACUUGCUUCAGUUCGUCGUUUAUGUUCACGUGUUAUAGUCAUGCAGUCUGGACGAUUGGUUGCAGAAGGUCCACCAAAAGAAAUUUUAGAUGCCUUAUUCAAUCAUAUUGAAACCAGAGAUCUGGUCACAUUGUAAACAGUGACAUUAAUUUAUAGAUCUGAUCUGUUAGCUAACUAAAUUAUGCAUUAUUGUUUUACUAUUUUUAAUAAUAUGUAUUUGAUUUCUUUCUGAUUAACAAUGUAUUUUUCCUAAAGGUACAUAUUGGCUGAGAAAAAGUAAUUUUUCGCCUUCAGUUUAGUAUGUCAGUCAGUCAGUCAGCUACAACGUAGGACCAGACACAUAUAUGC